UGAUUGGUGGGGCAUACCAAUCCUGGGUCCCACGUGUCGGGGUAUGGUAGAAGCGAUUUUCCGCUGCGUGCUGGUACACGAGAGAAUAAAAGAGACUUGGACUGGAGUGCGGACGGGUGGCUGUCGUGUAUUGCUGACACUGACAUGUGGGCCCAACAGCGAGGAGGGAUCCGGUGUCCAAGCGAGUCGCACCCAACCGCAGGCCGCGCGCACAAGGACACGGCGCGCGUGAUGAGCAGCGGCGGCGGCGGCGGCGACAAGUCCGGUUCGGGCUGUGAAGACGCCGUCGGACUUCCUCAAUUCCAUCAGGGGGCGGCCCGUCGUCGUCAAGCUCAACUCCGGCGUCGACUACCGAGGUAUUCUGGCUUGUCUGGUCAGCUAAAGAACAAGUACGGUGAUGCUUUCAUAAGAGGAAACAACGCACAUCCAAGCGCACCCUUACAGAUGGUUCAUGAGAUGGUUACACAGUUGGCAUCUUCAGUGUCAGUCUUGCAACUUCAUCAGUUAUGAGCGACUUUUAUGUAUUACUUUCUUUUUCGUUCACAUGACUUUUAUCCAGUGAGCGAUUAUUGCAAAGAAAAGAGAGAGAGCUGAAAUGAAUUGCAUCAUCAAUGGAGAGUUGUGCCCACGAUCAUGUUUGAUGUUAGCAGCAUAAAACUCCAUCCACACAUUCAAGAUAUCUGAUGAUAAACCUUUAGGGGUAUGGAUAAGAUUCUGUGUCUUGGGCUGAAA